UAAAGUAGAGUUAAACACGCUAUGUGUAUCGUUACUCUUGUUGACUAGUAUACAUACUUAACAUAUCAAGUUUCGUCUUAUCGAGCGUGACCUUCUAUGUGUAGGCACACUGAAUAAAAAAGUCGAGGAAUUUCAAAGGACUUUAUAUUGUGUUUAAUUCCUAAGGUCUGAAUAAUUAAAAAUGGCACAAAGGAAACGGAGUUUAUCUACAUCGUCAUGUCAAGCGGAUUCAUCACUGAAACGUCCUCUAACCUUGAAACUGUCAAAUUGUAAGCAACAAAGUGAAGAUCAUACUCAUUCCAAACCACACUGCGAUGAGCCAGACAUGCUUCGCCGAGUACAUAGUUUUAAGCAUGACAGGAAAUCAAGCAGGAAAUCAAAAGUAAUGUAUAGGGUCAGAGGCAAGUCAAUGAUAAAAGUAAAACUCUCUCCAGUCACGCCUCCUGCUCAUGAAGAAAUCAACUUCGAACUUCACCUUCAAGGUACAGAGGGGACUCCAUGUACACCGAACAUUUAUGCAAAGUAUGAAAGGUCAUUCAAGUUUUUUGUGGACUCGGACAAUUUAAGAAAUCGUCUACCAGCAGAUAUCAUUUUCAAAAAAGAUAUGAAAGAGGUGGAGAGAGUACCCGUUUUAGAUCUGCUGGAUAUUGAAAAGGCUCAGAGAAUUGAAUGUAAAACGGGAGACCUUCAAGCAUCACCUCCAGAAUGGCAAUUUUCAGAUCUUAGAACAUUUGACAACAGUAAAGGAUUUUUGUGUGAUCAAGAACAAAAGUUUCAAGCAAAGAGAAAAUUGUACAUCCAUACUGCUUUACAAAAACUACUUAAUACAGAAUUAAAGGUUGAUGAUGUUCCACAUAUUGGAUUAAUUGGGUCAGGCGGAGGAUAUAGAGCUAUGGUAGCCAUGUCUGGCAUAAUUAAUGCCCUUUAUGAUACAAAAAUUCUUGAUUGCAUCUUGUAUACUGCUGUGUUGUCUGGCUCUUCAUGGUUCAUUGCAACGCUAUAUUCUCAUCUUCACUGGCCAAACAUUGAUCCUAAGUGUGUUCAAACAGAAUUGAGAACUGAUAUAUCUAAAAACCCUAAAAACAUAUCGAAUAUAUUGACGUUUGGUUGGGAUUUCUUUUGUAAAAAAUGGAAAGGAAAAGCAUGGAAUAUUACAACGGAUGUAUUUGGACCAUUGUUGGGAGAUGUGCUUUUACGAGAGAGAAUAAAUUGUAAAUGGAGCGAACAGAGAGAUAAAUUGUCAGAGGGAACUGCCCCACUUCCAUUAUUGUCUGCUAUUCAUGCAAAUGACAGACGGAAUACAAAUGAAUUCCAUGAAUGGGUAGAGUUUUCUCCAUAUGAAGUAAGCAUUCCAAAAUAUGGAGCAGCAAUAGAUAUGAAAAAUUUUGGGAGCAAAUUCGACAAAGGAUUACUUACACAACACGUCGAUGAAAUCCCUCUAUUCGAGAUAAUGGGUAUAUGCGGGAGUGCUUUUACAUUGACUCAUGAAGAGUUGGCGAACAAAGAUGCCAGUAAUCCUAUCGAAAAACAGACAAGAAGUAAAUCAAACAGGAAAUCUUCUACUACCAUAAGGAAAAAAAGAACACAAUCGGAUAAACAAGGGUCGGGCGUUUUGGACGUAUUAGACGGUCCUCUCGGUAAACAAGGCGAUUAUGAUAAUGAAAUCGUAUCAUCUGAAUUUGAUGUUCUAGAAAAAGGAAUGUGUGCAGAAUUAUCGCCUAUAAAUGAAUCAAAUGCCAUUAAUCUUAUUGAAAAUGAUGAUGUAUUCGAUGAAAGAGAGAAAGAACACCAACAACCCCAAUCGUUAACAUCCCAACCAAAUUUAGAAGAAAUGGAAGAUUUGUUUAAAAGAGUUUGCCAGAUUCGCGAAGAUGGUGGUCGUACAUUUGAAGAGGAAAAAAACAGAAAUGAAGGAGUUGUUGGUGAUACUUGUAAAGAAGACAGAACGGACGUAGAUGAACUUGAUGGAUUUUUUAGCGAUAUGACACUUCGUGCACAGAAAUUUUGCAUGAAUAGUAGACGUUUUAGAGCGGCGAUGGUGAAUAAUUUUUUGAGAAAAGUGUCGUUUGAUGAUGAAGAUAGUUGCCGCUUAUCAGAAGAGAAAAAUCCUUUAUUUGAGAACUACUUUAAGAAUGACCUUGAGAAGUUAUGUUUGAUCGACGCUGGACUAGCGUUCAACUCUCCGUAUCCACUUCUUUUCCAACCCGGUAGAGACGUAGACCUCAUCCUGUCAUUCGAUUUCACAGACCGAAAAAAAGAUUCCAAUGACCCUUUCAAGACAUUACUUAAAGCAGAAGAUUGGGCAAGAAAACAUGAGAUUAAAUUUCCAAAAAUCAACGUUGGCAAGUAUGAAGGCAAAAACGUGCAAGAACUAUACGUUUUUGAAGAUAAAAAUGAUCCCGAAUGUCCUAUUAUUAUGCAUUUUGUUUUGGUAAACAAAGAUUUCAGAACAUACAAAAGGCCAGGAGUCUUACGGAAUGAAAAUGAAAAAGAGUUCGCUAACUUCACUGUAUAUGACGACCAGAAAACAUUCAACUGCACCAACUUCCAGUACAGCGAGAAAAACUUCGAUAGAUUGUCGCAACUUUCUGAGUUCAUAGUACUGAAUAACAUUGUCCAAAUCAAGGACUGUAUAACCAGAAGCAUCCAAAAUAAACAGAAACGGACACAUACUGGCCGACAAAGGCACAUAUCUUCACCUGUGUAACAUGUUCUACUUCGAAUACGAAACUCGUCACAAGCAGACAAUUAAAAUAUAAAAAUAUGUCGAAUAUGCAUUGAUGAUUUGAUUUGAUGGUUUGUUGGAAAUGAAAUUAUAUAUGCAGAACAGCUAACACAAUCUGUUCAUUAAAAUAUAAAAUCUACACUCAAAGUUAAAACGCUAGAGUCAUGCAUUCAAAAUGACAAUAAGCGUCAUACAAACAAUAUGAUUGUAAGUUUGUAAGUGGUUGAUUUGUUUUUGUGUUUCCGUUUGAUUUUGAUAUUUACAUUUAAACGUAUAUAGAUUUCGAAACAAUGUAGUUUUAAUUACUAUUUAGUAUGUAGAUAUUAAA